ACGUGGUCUGAAUGGGGUGCGGGGAUUCCGAGUCGGGGGCUCCACCCGGGACAAAAUAUUUUGAGAGCCUGGGGAAGAAGAAAAAAUGUCUCAAAAGCAGAUGAAGGAAGCUUUUGUCAGUAACCACAAUGGAACCAGCGUGCUAGAAAUUACCCAGGGCUUGUGCUUGCCUGUGCUCUGUAUCCUGUGCAGAGGGCUCCUGAUCAUUCUCUCACAGCACUUGCAUUCUUCACAUACCUGGAGAACUCGAUUCUUCAUUGACUUCAUUUUCCUAAUAGUUCCCAUGGUGACCACGUUGACCAUUCUCUCUUCAUUUAUCUACCUUGAGCACCUCACUGUAAUUAUUUUUGGGGCAGUGCUAUUCUAUCAAAUAUACUGUCGGAGGACUUGCUAUGCCAGAAUGCCUGUCCAGAAAAUCCUUGAAAAAUUCUUAAAAAUUAGUCUAGAAUCAGAAUACAUGCCAGCCAUUUCCUGUUUCCGUGUCAUUAAUAGUGCAUUUACUGCUGUUGCCAUUUUGGCUGUGGACUUCCCACUUUUUCCCAGACGAUUUGCCAAAGCUGAGCUCUAUGGCACAGGAGCAAUGGAUUUUGGAGUAGGAGGCUUUGUUUUUGGGACUGCAAUGGUUUGUCCAGAGAUUAGGAAAAAAUGUAUGGAAGGGUCCAAAUUUUAUUAUUUUACAAAGGCCUUGUACUCUGUUUGGCCAUUAGUCUUCCUAGGAAUAGGACGAUUAAUCAUUAUAAAAUCCAUAGGCUAUCAGGAACAUUUAACUGAGUAUGGAGUUCAUUGGAACUUUUUCUUUACCUUAGUAGUUGUGAAACUGGUAACAUCACUGCUUUUGACUUUUUUCCCCGCAAGUAAAUCCUGGGUUGUGGCUGUCAGUAUUACUGUAUUAUACCAGCUAGCCCUUGACCUUACCCCUUUGAAAAAGUUAAUUUUGUAUGGCACUGAUGGCAGUGGCACAAGGGUUGGUUUAUUAAAUGCCAACCGAGAAGGAAUAAUGUCUACCUUGGGGUAUGUGGCAAUACACAUGGCUGGUGUCCAAACAGGGUCUUACAUGCUUAAAAAAAGAUCACAUAUCAAAGACUGGAUAAAAGUAGCAUGUUGUGUCCUACUGACAGCUAUUAGCCUCUUUGUAUCCCUUUACAUAAUUCAGGUAAAGGUAGAAAAAGUAUCUCGAAGAAUGGCCAAUUUAGCCUUUUGUAUUUGGAUAGUUGCUUCUAGCCUGAUCCUUCUUAGUAGUUUAUUACUGUGUGAUAUAAUUUUGAGUUUUGCCAAAUUUCUAAUUCAAGGGGCUCUAGUACCAUGUUCUUGGAAACUUAUCCAGUCUCCAGCUACAAAUAAAAAGCAUUUAGAAGCUGUAGUCUCUGAAGCUGAAAGAAAGAAACCCAGUCUUUGUUUAAUUACUGCUAUAAACAGAAACCAGUUGAUUUUUUUCUUGCUGUCGAAUGUAACAACUGGCCUAAUCAACCUGUUGGUAGAUACAUUGCAUAGCAGUACCUUGUGGGGCUUAUUUGUACUCUAUCUCUAUAUGUUUACCAACUGUUUAAUUAUAUAUAUGCUACACUUGCAAGAUAAGACUAUAAAAUUUUGGUGAUCAAAAGGGGUUGGAUGUGUGUGAGCUAUUAAUAAGGAAGAAUAAAUGUGAAGAAAAUGGGUUUUUGGCAAUCCAUUGUUAACUAUAUUUUAUUAUGAGUUUCAAUCCUUCUCUAUAAUAAUAGGCUUAAUAUUUUAAUGUCUCACGAGCUAAUAGAGCGUUGUGACUCGUUAGGAUAUUAAAUUUCAGUAUUUUAAAGGAAUUGCAUUUAUAGUUGUGACACUGGAAGUUUGGAGGGUGGGAGAAAGGUUUUUACUCUAUAUCACUUUACACCAUUCUGUAUUUUUUAUCGUUUGUAUUUUAUACUAUUUACAUUAAAACUGAAUUGUGGAAUUGGGAACAAUUCUUUACUCUUCAAUUUUAAUCUUUA